AUGCUAGAGAAGCUCAGGCUGCCUCCUAAGACACCAGCCCCUACCGGUCUACUACGUCUUCCGUUCGAAAUCCUUCUGCAGAUCUACUACCACUGCAUUCCUCGAAAGCGCAUCAUCGAAGUGGCACAUCUAUGCUUUAUACCUCAAUGGCUACCCGAUUUAGAAGAUGGUCAGGAUUUUGAGGACGAUAACAGCAUUUUCCUUCUCUCGAAGCAAAUCAGCGAGGAAGCUCUAGAUGUCCUCUACGGAGAUAAUGUCUUUAAGCUAUAUCUACAUGGAGAAGGCGAAUCCUACCUUAAGAAGAAUUUCUCCCACCAAAACAGGCAAAGAAUGAAGUAUUUACUACUUAUUGCGCGGCCUAGGGGUGUUUCGUACACGCCAGAAAAUAGAGUAGACGAUGUAUUGUGGCGUUGUAUGCUCCCUCAUUUGAAGGGACUGCGGAUUGUAGCAGAACAACCGGUAAAAGAGAGAAGUUAUUAUGGUGCACCUACGCAUAAGCAAGAGAUGGAUUGCUGGAUCAAUUGGUUUCCGCCGUACAUGCAAUGUCUUGGUCAAUACUUGGUGAGAGAAACUAAAAUUGAGGUUGAUGCUAACGACCAUGCGGAGACGGAGGAACUGGUCAAGAAAUGCUUACCAUAUGGCUAUCAAAAGAUACAAUGUCAUCUCGUCGGCGACUUGAUCUUUAAAAGAGGGCAAUAUUCGUGGGAGUCUGGAUAUUAG